GGGGGGGGGGGGGGGGAGCUUACCCUGUGGGACGGCCGUCGUACUCGAGGAGGACGUGGUCGAGCUGGAGGACGCGGGUCGGGGUGGAGAGACACUUUGGGUGGAGGGCCUUGGCGUCGAGGAAGGGCCCAAAGGGGGUCUCUGUCAGACGGGCGAGGACCUGGCGUGCGCUCAUCGCAGGACGCGUGCCGCACUCGACACUCGACGCUCGAUGCUCGACGCGGGGAUAGCUGCCGCCGGCUGCGCGGCCAUCGCCGAACCACGCUAGCAGGCGCCCAGCCGCCCAUUCCAGUCGUGCUCCCGCCCGCUCCGUCCGUCUCUUCUCCCUCCACCCAUUUCACCUUGCUCGCUUUCCAUCUCAACUCUCUCACACUCUCCCCCUCUUCCCCCCGCUCUCCCCCCGCCAUGGGCGACGCACACAUCCCCGUCGUCGCCGGCAUCGUCGUCGGCCUCCUCGCGUCGUGCGUGCAGUCCCUGGGGCUCACCAUCCAGCGCAAGAGUCACGUCCUCAACCAGGCCCUCCCCGACGGCCAGCAGAGGGUCGAACAUCGCAGACCGCUAUGGCUCCUCGGUUUCUCCAUUUUCAUAUCCUCAAACGUGCUCGGCUCUCUCUUCCAGAUCGCAUCGCUCCCCGUCGUCAUCCUCGCUCCGCUAGGGGCCGUGUCCCUGCUCUGGAACGCCUUCUUCGCCCGCCUCCUCCUCGGCGACGUCUUCUCGCCCUGGAUGAUCAUCGGCACCCUCCUCAUCGCAGGAGGCGCCGUCCUCAUCGCCUACUUUGGCAUCGUCCCCGAGCCCACCCACUCGCUCGAGGACCUGCUCGUGCUCUUCCGCCGCCCCGCCUUUGUCGCGUACUUUUCGCUGCUCGCCGCUGCCGUCGUCGUGUGCUUGGCCGUCACGCACAUUUGUGAAUUCUCCUACAAGCGACGCGCAAUCAGCCUGCCCCCCUCUCCCCCGCUAUCUCCGCUCCUUCUUUCGACCAAUUCCUCAACAGACCUUACCACAGAACGCACGCCUCUCCUCGAUCGCAAGCCGCGCGCCCUGCGCUCCUCCGCUUCGUCUUCCAUAACGUCCCCCCCGCGCGGCCUGGGUUUCCCCCCCUCGCGGCCCUCGCGGACGCCGCUCUUUCUCGCGCUCUCGUACGCGUCGACCUCGGGCACCCUGUCCGGCAUGUGUCUGCUUUUCGCCAAGUCGGGCGUGGAGCUGCUCUUGCUGACCCUGGGGGGCUCCAAUCAGUUCUGGCGCUGGCAGGCGUGGGUGCUGCUCCUGGGCCUCGUCGCGUUUGCGCUCCUGCAGCUGUGGUACCUGCACAAGGCGCUCAUUCUGGCCGAUCCCACGAUCGUCUGCCCUCUGGCGUUCUGCUUCUACAACCUGUCUUCGAUCGUGAACGGCCUGGUGUACUUUGACCAGAUCGCGCUCCUUCCGACGUCGCAUCUGCUGCUCGUGGUCACCGGCAUCGCGGUCCUCCUCGCAGGCGUCUGGGUCGUCAGCUUCCACGCAGGGCCCGGCGUCGACGUGGGCGCGUGGACGGAGGAGGAGGAAGCGGCGGCGGCGGCGGGGGACGAGGAGCUGCGAGAGGCGACGCCGGACCGGCGCGCGUCGAGUUUGGCCGCGGACGCGGACGUGGAGGCGGCGCUGAUCGUGGAAGAGCCGCUCGAGAUGCCGCUCUCGCCUAGGAGCGCAGGGCGGCGCGAGGCAACGCUGCUGACGGCCGGGAGCACGCGGCGGCGGCGGCGGCGGCCGACGAUCGGGACGGGGCACGCGCAGGGGGCUACGGAGCACGGGGCGCUGUCGCCGCCGUCGACGGGGACGGCCGGGUUCUCGAUCGGGCUGUCGCCUGUGAGCCCUGGGUUCGCGCUGGUGCCGCGGGAGCGGCGGAGGCGGGUGAGCGGGAGCGUCGGCGGGGGAGAGGGGGGCGGGGAGCAUGUGAGACGGGGGUGGACGGACGUGGUGCGGCGGAUGCGGGUGCGGAGGGCGGUGAGCGAUGGGGGCGUGGAUGCGGUUGCGGAGGCGGGGCUGGACGGGGGGAGUGCGGAUCACGCGAAUGCGAAGGGGCGGUGGCGAUGGCUGCGGGGGUGGGUCGCGCGGGGGAGCGAGGGCUAGAGCGCGUCGGACGCGAGGAUAUUUCUGGUGGCGGAGGGACAUGUAUAUAUUUCGUUCGGUGGACGAGGCGCGCAGAAGCACAAGCGCGUAUGUACAUGCAUGCAGACUAGAUAGUGUAGCUAGUAUGGAGAACUACAGCAGUCUUAAUGGACCAGGGACGUGUCGUGGUACUACGGUGAGCGCGGUUGUGGAUCAGGAACAUGUCGCAGGUGGAACCCCGUCGAGACACGAAACGCGCGCGAGAGGCGAGAGCAGGUCUAUUCAGGUCAGAAAUCGGCAGGAGGCUAGGAACGAGGUACGUGGGUUGUACGACAUUGGAGGUCGCACGCGGCAAGCGAGAGCGACGAUGCGGGUGGGGCAUUCGUUUGCAGGAACCAGGCUGGCGUUUUAAACAGUCUGUUGGCCGGGAUGGCCGGGCGAGGUCGAGGAGGUGCCGCAGGUGCCGCAGAGGCCUCAGACGAGGUGUUGCCUUGCCAAUACGGCGGCGAAUCGGACAGUUGGGGAGCAGCCCGGGGGAGCGGCGCGCGGAGAGAGAGGCCGCGACGGGACUGCUGCCCGAUGGGGGAGUCAUCAGGAGUUGUGCGGAGGGGCCGCAUUCGCGCCGGGGGGGACGCCACGACGUGCGGGGGGCGGGGGCGGGGGCAGGCGAGAACGUCGAGGUGGGUGGGGGAGGGAAGGGGCUGCGUGGGAGGAGUCGGCGAGGAAGGGCGCGA